AGAGAGAGAGAUUGGCAAUGAUCUAUCUCUCUAAAUAGUAAGAUAAAUAUUGGCAAUGAUCUAGCUACCUUAUGUGUGUGUGUAGAUAUAUAUAUUGGCAAUGAUCUAUUUAUAUACACAGAGAGAUAUUCAAUAGAUUGGCUUGAUAUGAAAGACAACUAGUUGCAAAAACUUUGGUGCCAUAUCUUCGAAAAUCAAGUUGUGUUCAUCUGGAUUGCGAACACUACUACAUCCGCAUUUACUAUAUUUACUAAGUUUCAUGCAUUAACAUAUCCCUUCUGAUUUUGACCAUAUGAGCUCUGUACUUUGACACCUGAAAACUUAUGUUACAAUAGUUAACUGUAGUUUAUGAUUUGAUGGAUACAAUUGAUGUGUUUUAAAUGAGGAUAUGCAUUUAUAUAUAUUUGAUCACAAUGUUCAAGAGGUCUAGGAAGAUUUUGUCUAAACUAGUAAACAGAAUGAAGCAAGAAUAAGGCAGAGAAACAUGGAAGCUGUUAACCUUUAUCUAAGACUAGCAAAGCAUCCACAAACAAUGUAGAUUGGGCACCAAAUUUAGGUACUCGGUAGCAUGUAAUUACUGUGUAUUAUUUGACUCAGAAUCUGAUUUGACACUAUCUAGAUUCUGAAAAUAUUCUAUGGAUGUGCAUUUCAUAUUUCUUUCAUGCUCAAAUGUUAAACCUGAGUUUCACUACUGCAGCAACAAAGCCUGCCUCUGUUAACUUGUAGAUUCAAGAUAUUGCUCAGAACAGAGAACUUGUCUGAUUAAGGGGAUGAGUGCUGUUCAGUCUAUUUUGUAUCCAGCUGGAGGGAUCAUCCUGAUCCAGCCAAAUAUUAAAAAUGUUGGAAACUCAGCUUCGGGAUAUUCAUAUUUGAAAGCUUCACAUCUGCAUGCUUCUGCUUCAUGCAAAUUUCUGCAACAUAAGUUGCACCCAAGAUUAAUAUAUAAUACCUCGAAGAACAAAAGAAGUGCUUCAGUACUUGUUUUUGGAAAAAAAGGAGACUCUAUGAGUGACAACGAGGAAUUACUAAAGAAAACUCCGGGGAAGUUUAGAAGAGAGUUAACAGUGCAGGACUUGUUGAGGGAGUAUACCAAGAAAAAACAGUUCAGUGGAAAUGGUGGUGGUGGAAAUUCUUUUAGGGGCGGUGGUGAUGGUUCAGGUGGGCCGGAGGGCGAAGGAUUUUCAGCACAAUACGAGGAACUCCUUCAAGUGAUUUUGGCAACUAUUGGUGUUAUAUUUCUGUAUGUACUCAUAACUAAAGGUGAAGAACUGACUCUUCUAUGUAGAGACUACAUCAACUAUCUCUUUGGGGCUAAAGCCAGUGCCAGAUUGAUCCGGACCAUGGAGAAAUGGCGCCAGUAAACAGAUGCAGCAUCCGGAAGGGAUCAUGAACAAAGAUUGGUUAUUGUCCAAUCUGAGAACACCUCUAGAGAGAGUUCUGAGCAAUGUCUUUUCCAGGGUCAAGCUGACUGAUCUGAUUCAUCUUAAACAUUAUUGUUGUCAAAAUUGAAUGAUCCUUUCAGUUAUUUCGAAAAUGUACAUUAUCAUACACCAAAAAGAUUUGAUUAUUGGCGGCUGAGUGGAUAUAUAAAAACGUCUCAACAUUCAUGUCA